GUUGACCGUUGAAAUGUCACAUUGACGACCAAACAACAAGAACAAUAAUUCUACUUUGACUCAUUCUUUCUUUCCACUACCACCUCUCUCUCACUAGAAUCCCACUCUCGAUUGCUAUGGGUCAAUACUGGAAACUCGUCAACAUUGACAGACGCCAGGAGCUCCGUGGCUGGGGCAAACUGGGUGAAGUCUUUUUCCGCAGAUUCGACGAUGUCAUAGAACUUUUGGCCGGUCCCUGGGCAGGUUGCCGCAUCAUGUGCAUUGGAGACAACAUGGGAAAAUGUCCACCGGACGUGCUCAUCUCUGAGGAAGCCACCGAGAUCAAGAACCUUCCUGGCCGCUCAUACUACUCGGACGAAGACGAAGACUCGUCUGAUGCGGACGAUCCAAGCAAGACUUUAUACAGGCUCUCGGACUGGCGCUACAAAGAGAUAGAAUCCACAGAAUAUGUCAACCUAAGAGGCAUGGUCUUGAGGAAUUUGACGAAGCACGUCUAUGUUCGCCGGGAUGUAGUGAUCGAAGAGCUGAAGAGAAGCGGUAGAGGUGGCGAUAUUGGGAACAUCUUACUGACGGACAUUUGUUGGUCUGAAGAUUCGUCGUGUGCAAUGAUGCUAGAUCUGUCGAGAGGCGGUUGGGCAGGAGUUGUGCCGCUGAGUUCGGUGGAGGACGAAGAGGAAGAAUGGGAGGAUGUGACGGGAGAUCAAGUCAAGUUGACUAGGUUUGCUCUCAGGAGAUAAUUAUAGAUCCGAAUAAGGUUGCAGGUCGAGUUGUAAUCUACAUACUCAUAAACAGCUGCAAGGUCUCGUAAAAUGCUUCAUGGAAGACACGCAGAUAGAACAAGAGGACAAAUGAAGAGUAGCUAGGUAGUAGCCUCUGGCAGAUCACACAUACCUGAUGUCUGCGUCAAGGUCAGGGAUUGAUAAAUUGAGACCUUCCUUUC